GGGUGGGAUACGCGCAAGAUGUGGGGCUGAACUACGCGCCUUCCCGCACCCCCCGACCCGUAACCCCGGCCGCUUCCGGCGCGCGGGCGGAAGGGCCUGCGGGACGUUGGAGUCCUCGGAGUCGCGGCGCUCACUUCCGGCGCCGAGUCUUGGGCCCCGGGGGCGGGGAUGUGAGGCCAGGAGGUCCAGGGCAGGGCGCGUGAGACAGGGAGGGUCCCGAGAAGCAGCCCCAGCCCGCGGGCUCGGACGCGCAGGGCUGGGAGAACUGGGCCGCGAGGCCCACCUGACGUGUGCUGUCCCCAGGGAGCAAGCCCAGCUGAAGGCCCGCGUCGUGGACCGGGACACGGAGGCGUGGCAGCGGGACCCUGCCUUCUCGGGCCUGCAGAGGGUCGGGGGCGUGGAUGUGUCCUUUGUGAAGGGCGACAGUGUCAACGCGUGUGCCUCCCUGGUGGUGCUCAGCUACCCCGAGCUGGAGGGCAGAGGACCGUGCUGUCCAUGACCAGGCGCCCGGUGACAGGUGGUGUACGAGGACUGCCGGAUGGUUAGCCUGACGGCUCCCUACAUGUCAGGCUUCCUGGCCUUCCGAGAGGUGCCCUUCCUGGUGGACGCAGUGCGGCGGCUGCAGGAGAGGGAGCCUCACCUCAUGCCCCAGGUCCUUCUUGUGGAUGGAAACGGUGUGCUCCACCACCGAGUCCCCACACCACCUCUAGAAGAUUGCUUGGCUCACCACCCCACUGCCCCAGCCUCACCCUCGUCUGCCCCUGUAGGCUUUGGGGUGGCCUGCCACCUCGGCAUCCUCACAGACCUGCCCUGUGUCGGGGUGGCCAAGAAACUGCUGCAGGUGGAUGGGCUGGAGAACAACGCCCUGCACAAGGAGAAGAUACGACUUCUACGAGCUGGGGGAGACACGUUUCCUCUGAUGGGAGGCUCCGGGACCAUCCUGGGCAUGGCCCUGAAGAGCCAUGACCACAGCACCAAGCCCCUCUAUGUCUCUGUGGGCCACAAGGUGAGCCUGGAGGCAGCUGUGCGCCUGACCCGAGGGUGCUGCAAGUUCCGGAUUCCAGAGCCUGUGCGGCAGGCCGACAUCCGCUCCCGAGACUACAUCCGCAGGACCCUGGGAGUCCCCAGGGCCCCCACUCCAGGACAAGAGAGGAGCCAGAAGGCGCAGAACCCAAGGGGAGUGUGCCCCAAGGGAGGCUCAGAAGAGGCCACAGGUGAAGGCAGGCCUCCCGAGGGCCACAGCACCCAGGAGUCGCGGGACAAGGGCACGGGUGGAGCAAAGCUGGACGCCACGAAGACAGGCUGCCCCGCGUCCCCUGUUCGGCAGUAGGCCUGGGGGCUCGUCUGUCAGGCCGGGACCCUGCCCCCAUGGCAGCAGGUGGAGUGCCCAGGCCCUGAGGACAUGCUGGUUACACCACCCACGGGGACGCCCCCGGCCCCUGCACACGCCAGCUUGAUCCCUGGGACCCAGGGCUCCCUAAGGACUCUGGGACCUACUGAGAAGCAUGAUGAAGUCGCAGAGGACUUUGCCAUUCAUCCUGCCUCAAGAAGGAGUCGGUCGUCAUGUUUGCCAGCCUGAGGUGGUCUCUGUGCUCUCUCUGCGCCCCUCUCCGGCCUUUCUCCUUCCCUUCGUGACAGGAAUGGGUGCUCCUCAGGGACUGGGCCCCUGGGAGAAGCAGGGGCACAAGUGAGCAGGGCGGCCACCUCUACCAGCUGGCUUUGGGCACACCUCCGAUGGGGACACCUGUCCCACCUCACCAGACAGGAGUCUUCCUGCGUGGAAUGGGUGCGCCGGGGUCCUUGAGAAGGGAGGUGACAGCGUGUGAAGUGGGGUCCACAGGGCCAGGGGUGAAGGAAGAACGGGAGGUGGAGUCCUCUUCUACCAAGCUCCUCAUGCCUCCUGGCCCCAGAAUGCAGGUCCCGGAAGGGCUGGACGGGCAGGACUGUGACUCCCGGCCCCGCCCCCCACGCUAACAGGAGAGCUUCCCAGGGGUGCUGGGCGCUCGCGCCGUGUCUGCAGCAGCCCCUGCAGGGAGCCCCACCAGCGGCGUGCGGGCUUGGCCACAGCCACCCACAGGGAUGGGGGUGGGGUCCUGCUUAGAGGUGCUGUUCACAGCUCCCAGAGGUCACCUCAGUGAGGGCAGGCAGAGCAGACACGAGUAGUUUCUGUUCUGAGGUUUAAAUCACAUUAACGAAAGUCACCAUGUUUUUAAGUGUACAGUUUAGUGGGUUUUAAUAUAUUCAGAAUCUUGUGCACCCAUCACUACUGUCCAAUUUCAGAACUUUUACUCGUCCGGUCAGCCAUCACACCCCAUCCCCACCUGCACCCCGGCCCCACCAGUGGGCUUCUGCCUCGUGGCCGUGCAGACUCAGGCCUCCCCGGGACAGUCACACGGUGUGCGACCUGCGGGUCCAGCCUCUCCAGCACUGUUCCCAGGAUUCAUCCAUGUUCUAGCACCUACCAGCGCUUCGCUUUUCCUGGCCGAAUAUUGACUCCUUUGUAUGGACGCACUGCAUUCUGUUUCUCCAGUCGUCCAUGGGAGGGCAUCUGGGUGGUUUCUGUGUGGGGCUGUUAGGAAUAACGCCAUUCUGAACCCUGAUGCACAGGUUUUUGUGGGAAUGUAUGUUUUCAGUUCUCUUAGCUGUAUGCCUGGAGUGGAUCGCUGGUCCUGUGGUAGCUCCGUGCUUACCUUUUGGGAACAGCUACACUGUUUUCCACUCCAGAUGCACCUUUACAACCACCAGCAAUGCGCAGGUUUCUCCACGCCUCUGUCAACACUUGUUAUCAUGUGUCUGACUCUGGCCAUCCUAGUGGGUGUGAAGCGAUAUGAUUUGCAUGUCCCUAAUGACAUGUUGAGCACCUUUUCAUGUGCUUAUUGGCCAUUGUACGUCUUCAUGGGAGACAGAUCUCAAAUCCUUUGCCCUCUUUUAAACUGGGUACUUUGCCUUCUUAUUGAACUGUUUGUUCUUUAUGUGCUCUGGAUAUCAGAAUUUUUCAGUUACAUAAUAUGCAAAUAUGUUCUGCUUUCUGAGUUUUUUUCAUAUUCUUGGUUGUGUCCUCUGACACCUGCAAGUUCCCCGAUGUGCCGGAGUCCACUGUGUCUCUUCAUCCGUUCCUUGUGCUUUGCUGUCUUACUUAGAGACCAUUGCCUGUUCCGAGGUCAUAAAGAUCUCCUUCUAAGAGUUUUAUAGUUUCAGCCCUUGCAUUUAUAUCUUUGACCCAUUUUGAGUUCAUCUUUGUAUAUCCUAUUUGGGGUGCCUUGCAAUUCCAUGAAUUUUAGGACCAGCUUGUCCAUUUCUGCAAAAACAGUUGGAGUUUUGCUGGGGAUCACACUGAUCGAUUUGGGGAGCACUGCUGUCUUAACUGUCAUGAGUCGAAAUCACCAAAUUUGGGUCUCUCUCUCCUUUGUUUAGAUCUUUAGUUCGUUCCAACAAUGAUUUGAAGUUUCCAGUGUGCAAGUCUUGUAUACCCUUUGUUUACACUUUGUAUUCUUUUUGAUGCUAUUGUAACUGGAAUUGUUUCAUUAUAAAUUUCAUUGUCGGGUUCAUUGCUAAUGUAUAAAAGUACAAUCGACUUUGCGUCUUGUA